AUGGCCACCCACGCCUCCGAGACGAUCCCGCGCGCCUCGGCGCUGCCCCUCAACUUUGACUUUGUCAAGGCCUGGGGUGUCGAGAACCUAUCCAAGGCUCGCUUCCAGUUCGACACUAAGACGACGACUGCCACGAUCCUGACGGUCAUCAUCUCCCUGCUCCUCCUGGAGCAGGUUGUGUACCGCCAGAAGAAGAAGCACCUUGCCGGUGACAAGUGGACGAUCCCCAUCAUUGGCAAGUUUGCCGACUCGCUGAACCCGACGCUUGCCAACUACAAGAAGCAGUGGUACUCUGGUGCUCUGUCGUGUGUCUCGGUCUUCAACAUCUUCAUCGUCAUCGGCUCGACGAACGACAUGGCCCGCAAGAUCCUGAAUUCGCCUACCUACGCCGAGCCCUGCCUCGUCGCUUCGGCCAAGAAGGUCCUUGACCCUACGAACUGGGUUUUCCUCCACGGCAAGGUGCACGCCGACUACCGCAAGGCCCUUAAUGUUCUCUUCACCCAGAAGGCGCUCUCGAUCUACCUCCCCAUCCAGGACCGCAUCUACCGCCGCUUCUUCGACGAGUGGUGCGCCGAGAACAAGACGCAGGAGAUGAUGCUCAAGAUGCGUGACCUCAACAUGGAGACGUCGCUCUCCGUCUUCAUCGGCCCCUACGUCAACGAGCAGGAGAAGCAGGAGAUCAACAAGCUCUACUGGGACAUCACUGUCGCUCUCGAGCUCGUCAACUUCCCCCUCGCCAUCCCGGGCACCAAGGUCUACAACGCUAUCCAGGCCCGCAAGGUCGUCAUGAAGUACCUCAUGCGCGCUUCCGCCCAGUCCAAGGUCCGCAUGGCCGACAUGGACAACGAGCCCGAGUGUCUCCUUGACGAGUGGAUCCGCGCCAUGAUUCUGUCCAAGAACGGCAACUCGGAGCAGGCCAAGCUCCUCUCUCGCGAGUACAGCGACAAGGAGAUCGGCAUGGUUGUCCUCUCCUUCCUCUUCGCUUCGCAGGACGCCAUGUCCUCCGCCAUUGUGUGGACCUUCCAGCUGACGGCUGACCACCCCGAGGUGCUCGAGAAGAUCCGCGAGGAGUCCAUGCGUGUCCGUGGCGGCGACGUCGACGCCCCCCUCUCCCUCGACCUCGUCGAGGACAUGGUCUACACCCGCGCCGUCAUCAAGGAGGUCCUCCGCCUCAUGCCCCCCGUCAUCAUGGUCCCCUACCUGACCACCCGCGAGUUCCCCGUCACCCCCGACUACACCGUCCCCAAGGGAUCCAUGAUCAUCCCCUCCUUCUGGCGCUCCCUCCACGACGAGACCUGCUACCCCGAGCCGGACGCGUUCAAGCCCGAGCGCUGGCUCGAGAACGACGACGGCUCCCUCCCCAUUGCCGAGUCCAAGCCCCAGAACUACCUCGUCUGGGGCUCUGGCCCCCACAAGUGCAUCGGUGUCCAGUACGCCUCGAUGCACCUUGCCGCGACCAUCUCGUCGGCCGCGGUCCUCAUGGACUGGGAGCACGAGCGCACCCCCGACUCGGACGAGGUGCAGGUCAUCGCGGCCAUCUUCCCGCGCGACCACUGCCGUCUGCGCUUCUCCAAGCGUGCCGUCGCCUAA